AUGAGUUCUAAGACGCGUACCUUCAAGUGUGACACCUGUGGCAAAGUCUUCGGGCAAAUGGGCAACCUGAUGACGCACAGGAACAUACACGCGGAGGUGAAGCCCUUCGGAUGCGACACCUGCGGCAAGCGCUUCAGUCAGAAGGCAAAUCUUCGUCGCCAUGCUAUCCUGCACACCAACGAAAAGCCCUUCGGAUGCGGCAUCUGCAAGAAGUUCUUCGUGCAAAAGGCUCAUUUGGUGAAACACGUCGUGGUGCACAGACAUAGGCUGGCUGCCCUGAAAAGGUCUCGGAGGAGGCAGGAGCUCGAAGGAGGGUCUUCAUUGCAGGAUAACUCGCUCAAGUGUAAAGUGUGCGGAGCGCAGUUCACCAGCAUCGCCAAGCUGGUGGAACAUCUGAAGGUUCAACAUAUUCAAAAUAUGCCCAAAUAA